CGUUGAAGAAACGUCUCGUGAAGCUUGUUGUCAACUUCCUCUUCUACUUCCGGACGGAUGAGACGGAGCCCAUUGGAGCCCUGCUGCUGGAGCACUGCCGGAUCACCAAGGAGGAGGAGAAUGUCUUCUCCAUCAGUUUCAUGGAGGAGCCAGAGAGGAAAUACUGCUUCGAAUGCGACAGCGAGGAGCAGUGUCAGGAGUGGAUUGAGGCACUCAAGCGAGCCAGCUAUGAGUUUAUGAGGAGGAGCUUGAUUUUCUACCGGAACGAGAUCCAGAAAAUGACAGGGAAGGACCCCCUGGAGCAGUACGGGAUCUCCGAGGAAGCGCGCUUCCAGGUUAACCCUGCCGUGCCCUCUCCUGCUCACUGCGAAGCCAUCUCGGUUGCCGAGACCUGCUAG